AAAUUUUAUCAAAUUUCAAGGACCCCCGUUGCCGGCGCUAGGGUACACUUCCCUAACCCGGAGGACGCCAUCGAGGUGUUCGUGGAUGGGUACCCGGUGAAAAUCCCCAAGGGCAUGACUGUCCUUCAGGCCUGUGAGGUUGCCGGCGUCGACAUUCCCCGCUUCUGUUACCACAGCCGCCUCUCCAUUGUCGGUAACUGCCGCAUGUGUCUUGUCGAGGUCGGGAAGUCUCCCAAGCCUGUUGCUUCUUGCGCCAUGCCUGCUCUUCCUGGAAUGAAAAUUAAGACCGACACACCUGUUGCAAAGAAAGCUAGAGAAGGAGUGAUGGAGUUUUUAUUGAUGAACCAUCCACUAGAUUGCCCAAUUUGUGAUCAAGGUGGGGAAUGUGAUCUUCAGGAUCAGUCAAUGGCUUUUGGUUCUGAUCGUGGUCGGUUCACUGAAAUGAAGAGAUCUGUGGUAGAUAAGAACCUUGGACCUUUGGUGAAGACCGUGAUGACUCAUUGCAUUCAAUGUACAAGGUGUGUUAGGUUUGCAACAGAGGUUGCUGGGGUUCAGGAUCUUGGCAUGUUAGGUCGUGGCAGUGGAGAGGAGAUUGGGACAUAUGUUGAGAAACUUAUGACAAGUGAACUUUCUGGAAACGUGAUAGAUAUCUGUCCUGUUGGAGCACUCACGUCGAAACCUUUUGCUUUUAAAGCCCGAAAUUAGGAAUUGAAGGGAACAGAAAGCAUUGAUGUUACUGAUGCCGUUGGAUCCAAUAUUCGAAUUGACAGCAGAGGACCUGAAGUCAUGCGUAUUCUCCCUCGUCUAAAUGAGGACAUAAAUGAAGAAUGGAUUUCAGACAAGACCCGCUUUUGUUAUGAUGGUUUGAAGAGGCAGAGGUUAAAUGACCCUAUGAUUCGUGGUCCUGAUGGACGUUUUAAGUCUGUCAGCUGGGCCGAUGCCCUUGCUGUGGUAGCUGAGGUUGCCCACAAAGUUGAACCAGAAGAAAUUGUUGGAAUAGCUGGCAAACUUUCCGAUGCUGAGUCCAUGAUUGCACUAAAAGAUUUUGUAAAUAAGAUGGGAUCAAAUAAUGUGUGGUGUGAAGGCAUUGGUGAAAAUACUAGUGCAGAUUUGAGAUCGGGAUAUAUUAUGAAUACUAGCAUUGCUGGUCUUGAGAAUGCAGAUGUCUUUCUGUUGGUUGGUACCCAGCCAAGGGUGGAAGCUGCUAUGGUUAAUGCCAGAAUACGCACGACUGUCAGAGCAACUCAAGCCAAGGUUGGGUACAUCGGUCCUGCUACUGAUUUCAACUAUGACCACCAACAUCUUGGUACUGGCCCCCAAACACUACUUGAAAUUGCUGAGGGCCACCACCCAUUCUCCAAGACUAUAUCAAAUGCCAAAAACCCUGUUAUCAUUGUUGGUGCUGGAAUCUUCGAGAGAAAGGACCAGGAUGCAAUUUUUGCAGCUAUUGAAACCAUUGCAAAACAAAGGAAGGUUGUCAGACCUGAUUGGAACGGCCUUAAUGUAUUACUUCUUCAUGCUGCCCAGGCUGCUGCACUUGACCUUGGACUUGUGCCUCAAUCUGAAAAAAGUCUCGAGUCUGCAAAAUUUGUAUAUUUGAUGGGUGCCGAUGAUAUAAACUUGGACAAGAUCCCAGCUGAUUCUUUUGUUGUUUAUCAAGGUCACCAUGGUGACAAGAGUGUUUAUCGUGCCAACAUCAUUUUGCCAGCUGCAGCAUUCAGUGAGAAGGAAGGAACCUAUGAAAAUACUGAAGGAUGCACUCAACAAACUCUGCCUGCAGUUCCAAGUGGUGACUCCAGGGAUGAUUGGAAGAUAAUUCGGGCUCUGUCUGAGGUGUCUGGAAUCGAUUUGCCCUAUGAUUCAGUUGGUGCUGUUCGUGCUCGAAUCAAGAUUGUAGCCCCAAACCUACUGCGCCAAGAUGAGAGAGAACCAGCUACAUAUAUUACAAAUUUUUUUUAAACAGGUGGUUUCAUAGAGAAGGGGUCU